AUGGCUUCAGACUGGCUCGACUGGGAAGAAAGAGAUUUCGAUGAAUUAAUAAAAGAACUUUCUAGUAAGUUCUCAGAAGAUAUCGAAAAAGUUAUUAAAGAUAUUUCUAAUUGUGUAGAUGAAUUAUUUCCUUAUCGCAAUGGAAAAGAAAAGUUGGAAAAAAUUAUCUUCUACAGUAUUGAAGUAAUUUCAUUAAGAAUUCAACAUCAUUUACAGAACGUCAAGUUUUAUAGCUUUAACCAACUUAAUGAAACCGUUCAAGCAAAAUAUAGACUAGACAAAGGUUUAAAAGAAGAAAGUGCUCAAGAAGUACGAUAUUAUCAGAAACGUGGAAAUUUAGAAAAGAACUCAAACUCUGGACAAAAAGUCUUAAAACAAAUGAAAUCUCAUGUGAUUGACUUAGAACAAAAUAAAUCUGUUCAUGUCAAAGACAUACAUGAGAACUUAAAAUCAAAUCAAAUAGCAAUAGAUUUAACUAUAAAUAUUCAUAAAAUAUUUCAAGAUUGCUUUGUUAUUGAUGAUUCAGAGAUUAAACCAACUACAAUGAAAAUAGCUUGUUCUAUUAUAGACAACUGGAUAACCAGUGGAUUAGUCGAAGAGACUACAUACGGUGAUGUAGUACAUCCAAUAUUAUUAAUUGAAAAAUCAGACUUAGAAACAAAUUCAAGUCAACCGAAAGAAAAGAAAUUUUGCCUUGUUUGUAACCUACAAAUGAUCAAUUUCAUUAUCAGGAAAUUAGAAUCUAAAGGUAGAAGUGCUGCUGAAAUCAUUUGCAAUAUUAAAGAAAAAGCUCAAAUGCUUUUUUCUCGUGUAGACAUGAAAUGUGCAUAUGAUGACCUUACUGAGGAUAUUUAUCUUAUUCGUACUGAACAUUUAAAAGAAGUAUUCUUAUUAUUAAGAAAAUUUUCUUUAAAAGCAAGUAAAAAGAAAUGUUUGUUAAAUCAAACUUCGUUAAUUUUUCUUGGUUUCAAUUUAUCUAAAAAGGGAUAUAAACCAUCAAAUGGAUCUAUAAAACAUAUACUACAUAGAGGAAUACCUAAAACUCGAAAAAAAUUCUUACGUUUUCUUGUGGAAAUCAAUUAUUUUAGACCAUGCCUGAGAAAAUUCCCUUUUUUAUCACUUUCAAUUAACUGCAAAAGAAAACCAAGUAUUCAAAUGUCUUCUACAAAUCCAAAAUUUAUAGAAAUGCUUUCUUAUAUAAGUGAAUUUCUUGCUAAACUCAGAUAUGUUAAAGGAAAAGAUAAUUACGUACCUGAUUAUCUUUCUCGAAUAUCAGAGUACGAAAAAAAAGCAAACAAAUCAAUGAUUGAACAUACUGAUAAUGCAUGUGUUAUAUGCAAACAAUCUAAUGCUAAACAAUUAGUGGCACCUUUGGCCAGAACAUUUGAAACGGCAGAAACUCCAAUGAACGAUUGUGCAGUAGAUAUUUUAGGUCCAUUACCAAUAUCAUUAAAAAAUUCAGAGUAUGCAGUAGUGUUAUGUGACAAUAACACUAGGUUUUUUUGGGCAUUUUCGACAAAAUCAAGAGAACCUGAAGAAACCUAG